GGCUUCAAUUACACGAACGAUGGGUGACAGUAAACAAGAAACGAACCCCAAGGUGCUCGUGGCACAAGGCAGCACUGUCGUUAGGGACUGUGUCAUCCAGGGUGAAGUCACCAUAGGGACGCGCACGGUGAUUCAUCCCACGGCUCAAAUUCUUGCCGAGAAAGGUCCCAUAAUCAUCGGCGAAGGAAAUAUCGUGGAAGAGAAAGCAAAAAUCAUCAACCGGCGCGAGGAGCCUCUCGUAAUCGGCAAUCACAACACAUUCGAAGUCGGAUGCGUGGUGGAAGCAAAUGCAAUCGGACAUCACAACACUUUCGAAUGCCUCUCGAGAGUCGGGCCCUUGGUCUCGGUUGGUUCGGGCUGCACUGUGGGUGCUCGAUGUAAUGUGUCGACGGAGGAAGUUCUCCCUGACAACAUUGUUGUCUACGGGGCGAAUUGCGAUAGGAAAAUCUCAGUUGAUAACUUCCGCACCUCCAACCCGCAGAUCGACUUCUUGUCAAAAGUUAUGGUAAAUUACCAUUAUGUGAUAAAGCCUAAUCGAACUAAGGAGGGCAACGCAAUCGGAGCAGAAUGACUCGUGUUCCGUGGAGGUCUACGAGAACCCCAGGGAGAGCGUGCAUGUAUAUAAACAGGGGAAUAAAUUAUUUUUUUAA